UACAAUCUUUAUUUAGCGUGGAAUCUCAUCUUGCAGCAUAGACAUUCUAAGUCCUACCAUUAUCCGCAUCUGCUGAGUGAUCGAAAGCUGAUUCAUCUUCGCUGACGCCAAAUAUUUCACUGAAAAGAUGUUAGAAAAGAAGCAUGAAGAGGAGAAGUUGACACCAUGUAUGAAAGGGCGCUUCUUACUUUAGCAGAUAACUUUUGCCCCAUACUAUACAAUGGAUUGGCUGGCUCGGUGUGCUUCGAAUGGUACAGACAGGGAAUGAUUUGGGCGUCUCUUUGGGAGUGCAGUCAUAACAAGCCGUAAUGCCCUUUUUGAUGACUUGAACCUGGCCAUUGAAACCAGUCGUCCCGCUCUCGAUGAGCGGAACAUCCGCCGCCAGGCACAUCUUGUUCACGUGCCGUCUGGCGUCGAGGUUGUCUAAAGCAUUGAAAACGAUCUUGAAGUCGCGAAACCAGGGAACGCUGAACUCGGAGUCUUUAAUAUUAGCGUGAUGCGCAACAAGCUUGACGUUUGGGUUGAAUCUCUGUGCUGCCUCUUUGGCAACCUGCUCCAAUAAUUAGCAUUGCGACAGCCAAGCGACAUUGGCGCAACCUCGGUAUCCAAACGCACCAAUGCUUUUGAUUUCUUGAUAUGUUCAUGUCGGAAGAGAAACUGGCGAUUGAGGUUGGAAAGAUCGAUCGUGUCGAGGUCGACAAUGUGAAUCUCGCCGAAGCCGUUGAGCACGAGGUUUUUCAGAAGCUCGCAGCCGAUGCCGCCAGCGCCCACCAUGAGCACCCGCGCCAUGCUUAACCGAGGAAUUUAGAGAUGCGCCGAGCGACUGGUGGUUAAAUCUAUCGCGUGUAAUCAUUGGGUUUCGCUGAGGGGGCGCAGGAUGCGACGCGACAAUUCUUUGCGGCUGAUGAGAUUCCUGGACGGCGGUAGGAGGAGGAGCAGAGGUUGGCACGCUGUCGCCAGCCGCAUCCGCGAGAGCUUCUUUGGGAGCCUCCAUCGCCGCUAUCAGAGCGGGAGCUUGAGUGUAGCUAAUCGUAGAUUGUGGCGAUGAAGAUGGUUUGGAGAUGCAAUCUGGAGAUGGAGAUCGAAGGUGAUCGGUUGCAAGCGAGAGAGGGGCGUCGAAUUGGUUGCGCCAAAACGCCGUCGCUUUUCAGCUGCUGGUCUGGCGAUGCUCGGCGCGGGCAGCUGCAGGGCGUUGAAGUACAGCGGACGAGGCAGUCGAAAAGCUGAGUUGCGACCAAUUGCAUGAGGUCAGAGGCCCGGGGGAAUAGAGCCGAGGG